AGUUUUUUGAUAAUUUGCUGUUGACCAAAACACCAUAAAUCUCAGUUCUCAGGCAAAAAAGCUCGAGGGAGAGAGAUUCAGAUGAUCAGAAACUGAGAUACGAGGAAAGAUGAAGCAGCACCAUAAACUCACUGUUGCUCUCUGCCUCAUAUGGACGGCGACGAUUCUCUACGGCGAGAUGUUCGCUUUCUGGGUUCCUUCUCUCGUCUCUUGUUCAUGGCCCCACCUUCUUCUCAAGACUGAUGGAGGAGGUAGCUCUGGAAAAUUUACAAAAGUUGCUGUUAUUGCUGAUCCACAGCUCAUGGAUAAAACAUCGUUCCGAUUGCCAUCGAGAACUCUUGCUCUGGAGCUUGCACAGUUUUAUACUGAUUUGAACCUGCGGAGAUCGUUCUUUCAAUCUAUUUUGCCUUUCAAACCGGAUGUGAUUUUGUUUCUGGGUGAUUAUUUUGACGGCGGCCCAUUUUUGUCCGAGGAAGAAUGGCAGGAAUCCUUAAACCGCUUUAGACAUGUAUUUGGUUUGAAUUCACAAGGCAAAGUAGGAGAUAUCCCUGUUUAUUACAUUCCCGGAAACCAUGAUAUUGGCUACUCAAGGGUGGCCUCUCAUAAGCCAGAGGUACUUGAUCGGUAUCAAAAGGAAUUUGGGAUCAGAUAUCGGCGGGUUUUG